AUGUCUCCCGGCUUGAGGAACGAAGUCAUCAUUGUGGUUGGCGCGGCAUCUGGAACGGGCUUAGCUACUGCAAAAGGUCUGCUCAAUAAAGGUGCCAAGGUUGGGAUGUCUGAUGUCAACAGCGUAGCUCUUGAAAAUGCAGUCAGGGACUCAGACGCAGAGCAACAAGGCAAGGUCUAUGGCGUUGCCAACUUUGCUGGUUGCGUUUUGUGCACAUAUGUUGGAACCAUGUUUUCACCCCAAGGUUUUUUAAAGCGUGCAGUGUUUGCCGCUUCUAAGCAUGCGUCCCUGGGAAUGGUUCGCAAUGCGGCUAUGGAAGUUGACGACAGGGCCAGAGUUAACUGCGUAUUCGGUGCGAUUGAUACGCCCACGCAUCAAGGCCACCUGGCCAGGGUGGGCAAGGACUUCCCAGCCCCAACACUCGUGGGCAAGGCCCAGGAAGUGGCUGAUGUUACGAUCUUGAUGCUCAGUGACAAGGACACAUUUGUCAAUGGAGCCGCUUGGAGUGUGUGUUGA